CUUCUACAAGAUGAGGUGGCAACGUUGCAGUUAGAAUUAGGGAAAAUUGAUGAACGUAUGAAAGACUUGGAAAAAGAAAAUGGGCAACUUUUGCAACGAUGGCUAAAAAAAAUGAAUGAGGAAGCAGAAAGAAUGAACGAAGCAAAUAUGUUUUAUGAAAGUGCAUUAGAAGUUCAUGCCAAAGCGUUAGAAUUUCAAAGCGGAGUUGUUAUUGUUGACAAAGAAUUCACUCCGAAACCUAUCACGCACACUGAAUCUGGUAUCGGAACGAGAAGUAGAUCAUCUGCAGGUCCUGUAAUAAUACCCUUAGCUGUGGCUAAGAAAUUGGUCCCUCAUGAUGGUGAAAUACAUACGAUUCAAUCAUCUGCUGAUGGAACUAUGUUUGCCACGGGUAGUGCAGAUAAGACUAUCAAGAUAUUUGAUGCCACGACAGGACAAACAAAACAAUCAUUAUCGGGUUCAAUACAAUCCAUCAUGCACGUAUCUUUUAACAGUACUAGUGAGAUGAUUGCUGGAGCAUCAAAUGAUAACGCAGCCAGAUUAUGGCACUUAAAAACGGGUCGGAUAAGACUUACAUUAACAGGUCAUGUAGGAAAAGUUUAUUCUUCUCGAUUCAACGGUGAUUCCUCCAAAGUG